AUGGAAAAAUUGGAUCCGAAAGAAGAGGCUGCUCUUCGAGCCGAAGCGGAUCGUCUGCGCAAAAUGGCAGUCAUCGGUUUGUAGUUUUUUUUCCGAAUAAUUUCUUCCAACAUGAUUUUUUUUCAGGAGUAGCCCUUUCUAUUGGAGCAACAAUAGUGUGUUUAAUGAUUGUUCCAGCAGUUUAUAAUUAUGUGCAAAAAGUUGAAACUGUUCUACAAAAUGAAGCCGAGUUUUGUCGGGUAAGAAUAUUUCUUAAUGAAUCACAAAAAAGUGGUUUAAAAUGAUAAGGGAACACCCGGACAGGUUUUUACGCGAUUACGCGAUUUUCGAAUUUUUUAGGCAAAAUAUGAUUCGGUGAUUAGAGAAUUUGGAAAAAAGCGCGGAGAAAAACGGCAGAAAAGAAAUGAGAAUGAAUAUGGUGGAUAUUCGGCGAGUUAUGGAACUUAUGAAAGUGUACCUUUGAUGCAUUAUAAAUCACCGGAAGUUGUAGAACAUCGAGAAGAAAAGUUCGAGAAAAAAGAUGAUGAUUUCAAACAAUGUUAGUAUUUAUAUCAGUUCUUCAUAGGAGAAAAACUCAACAUAUUUUUCCAGGCUGCGGUUGCGGUUUCGGGCCACCGGGAGAAGUUGGUCCACCUGGACAAAAUGGACACGAUGGAGUUGACGGAAGACCAGGACCAGAUGGAGCUCCUGGAGCAGAUAAUCAAAGUGAUGACACCUAUAAAUCAGCAGAUCAAUUCUGCUUUGAAUGUCCGCCAGCUCCACCAGGACCACCUGGACCAACAGGACUCAAAGGGAUGCCAGGAAUUCCUGGAAAACCGGGAGAUGAUGCAACUUAUGCUCAACCUGGACCUCCAGGACAACCAGGACCAGCUGGACCAAGUGUGAGUUAUAUAGUUAUUCUGAAAAAUUUUAAUGCCCGUAGAAGGAAACAGUCGAAAACUUAUUUUUGAAAGUUUUUCAAUAUUUUCAAUUUCAGGGACCACCUGGAGAAACUGGAGAUGAAGGAGAAGGCGGGCCAGAUGGUAUUCCAAUGGAACAAAAAUCACCCCCAGGGCCUCCUGGACCACAAGGACCACCUGGACCAGAUGGACCACCUGGAAAUGAAGGACCUGCGGGAACUCAAGGAGCACCAGGACCAGACGGACAGCCAGGAGACGAAGGAAUUCCAGGACUUCCUGGAAAAGCGGGUACACCAGGAAAACCAGGACCAGCCGGAUUACACGGAAUCGCCGGGCCAUGUAAUCAUUGUCCAAACCCACGAACAGCGCCAGGUUAUUAG